AUGUCGUUCUUUAAAAAUGUUACAUCAAGCUUUGCCUUACGUAGCCGCGACACAAUUCUAAAGGAGUCCCUUAUAAAUAAUUUAUCUGAGUGCGUAAAAGAUAUUCAAUACAAUAGUCAGUUUGAAGAGAAUUUUCAUAGUGUACUUGGAUCUACAGACUCAACUAAUACUUUAUGUAUGGCCUUAGAAGCUGUCUUCCUGCAUGGUCUAAAGGAUACUUUUUUAAGAAAAGCUAAAAAUGUCAUAUCCGGUGAUCCCGAUUACCGUCCUCAAUCUAGUUUUUGGCCUCUCAUACUUGUGUUAUCUCAUAGGCAAAACAUAGAUCAGAUUUCUUCAUUACCUCAAAUAAACACUGAGAUAGGUCAAUGCAGAGCUUGGCUCAGAAUAGCACUCAACGAAUGUUUACUGUCUUCAUAUAUGUCAACAUUGGUAAAAAAUAUUUCAGCCGUAAAGCCUUUUUAUAAUAAAAGUGCUUUUGUUUGUGAUUCUGAAAUAUUAGAAGUUGCCCAAAAAUUAAUUCAAGGCCUAGAAACCUGUGUCCAAUUCAACUUACCAAUAAACUCCAGUUUAUUAAAUAAUUGGCCUGAGCAGGUUUUAAUGCAAGCGGGUAUUUGGGUUCCAACUAUGAGGGUAGCACCAAUAUCUGCAGGGUUAGAUGUCGCAAGCACUUUAACAGAUGACACAAAGCCAAAAUUGGCAUCCACUCCAAAGCAUGACUCUAAAAUUACAGGAUUAGGUAGAAUGUUAGCAUUAAAUGAAGAUGAAGCAUUAAAAUUCAUACUUUCAAAGGACUCGGGUGAUAUAAAAACAAAAAAUGAUCAAAGCACUAUGGCAAAUGAUAAUGUUGAAAAAGAAAAAAUUGCUGAAGAUUCAACAAACACGACAAAUCCAUUUGAUGAAGAACCAACAACAAGCCAAGAGCCACAAGAUUCUGUUCAAGUUUAUUCAUCAUCUGUAGAUUCAGGAGACUUUAUUGCACCUUCAGAUAUUACUGUCACUGGUAACUCACUCAGCGGAAAAGGCUGGUCUAAUGACAGUCAUGAUGAUCUUAAUGAAUCUCUUAACUCUAAUUCAUCUCAUGGAAGUAGUAUGAUAAAGACUCCAGAAAUAAAAAGUUUAUCAUCCCUUAUUGAUAAUACCAACACAUUUGGUGACACAUGCAAUAAUACCCCCAAUUUGAGAGAUAUUAUGAAAGAUAUUCAUAAAGAAUUGAAAUUAACAUCUGAUGAUACUGAAAUUCUUGAAAUAAAAAUUGACACUACUUUACCAGAAGACUCUUCUCUACAAGGUCUCGAUUUUGAGGUAGUACCAAGCUCCACUACAGGUUCAUUCACUCCCCAAGAAUUGCAGAAAAUGAUUAAACAAUUAGGAUUAUUAUCAAGAGAAAAAGGGCUUGAUUUCCAAAACUAUCAAUGCAAAGGUUGCCAAGAUUUAUUGGGUAGCACUGUUUCAAAGGCUAAAGUUUGUGCUUAUACUGGUGAAUAUUAUUGCUCUAAUUGUAUGGACCCAAAUGUUUUUAUUGUGCCAGCUAGGGUUAUACACAAUUGGGAUUUCAAGAGAUAUCCAGUUUCAAAAAAAUCUGCUUUAUUUUUAUUAGAAAAUCAGCAUUGUCCUUGGAUAAACAUGAAAAAACUUAAUCCAAAAAUUUAUUCUGGUGUAUCUGAUAUGGCUCAAUUACAAGAAUUUAGGAUACAACUUAAUUUUUUGAGAGCAUAUAUAUUUACGUGUCGAGAACCUGUUAUAGAAGAAUUACAAAAACGAGUUUGGCCAAGAGAGUACCUUUAUGAUCAUGUACAUUUAUAUACAAUAUCUGAUCUUGCACAAAUACCAAAUGGGUCACUAGCCUUACAAUUGGAAAAGGUAGUUAAUUUUGCGAAGUCACAUGUACUAGACUGUUGGCUUUGCAGUCAAAAAGGUUUUAUUUGUGAAGUUUGUCGUGAUUCAAAGAUAUUGUAUCCAUUUGAAACAAGUUCAACCUAUAGAUGUGAUGAAUGUUCUAGCGUUUUUCACGCUAAAUGUCUCAAUGAGAAUAUGCCCUGCCCUAAAUGUAAAAGGAAACAAGAACGGACCAAUGACACAUCACUGGUUGAUGCCCUACAUAGUCAUUUCAUUAAA